AAUAUAUUUAAAUUUGGAGAUGCGACCGGGAUGAGGCAAGCGACACUGACUACUAUAAAUGCUGUUAGUGUCGACUGAGGGAUACAGUUCUCAGGUCUAACCCACCCCGAGCACAUCUCAUCAAACAAUCGAAAUGGCUUUCAAGUUGGUGAUCUUCUCUUGCCUGGUCGCGGCCGCCUACGGCAGCGUGGCCCCGGCGGCCAUAGCAGCGGCGCCCGUGGUGGCGGCGGGCCCGUUGGCGGCGCGGCUCGAGGAGUUCGACCCGCUGCCGCAGUACCGCUUCGGCUACGACGUGGCGGACUCUCUCACCGGCGACUACAAGAGCCAGACGGAGCAGCGCGACGGUGACCUGGUGCAGGGACAGUACUCGCUGGUCGACUCGGAUGGCACGCGUCGUGUCGUUGACUACACCGCCGAUCCUGUUAACGGAUUCAACGCCGUUGUGCGCAAGGAGCCGCUUGUGGCCGCUGCACCAGCCGUCGUAGCGGAGCCCGCCGUUGUUUCCGCGCGCUUCGCUGCCGCUCCAGUCGUCGCCCAGCCCGCCUUCGCCCGCUACGCCGUUGCACCCGCCGUCGCUCCCGCCAGGAUCGCUGCCGCUCCCGUGUUUGCCCGCUACGCUGCCGCCCCCGUGGUAGCGGCUCGUUACGCUGCCGCCCCAGUGGCCGCCGCUGCUCCUGUGGUAGCCGCCCGUUACGCUGCUCCAGUAGCCACUGCGCCAGUGGCCGCCGCCUACAGAACUGCCGCAGUGGCCGCGUACACCGCUGCCUACACCGGCCCCGUCGCGGCGCAGUACGCUCAGUACGCCGCUCCCCUGACCGCCUACAGCGCCCCCGCUGCCUAUUCCGCGCCGGCGUAUGCGGCGCCCGUAGCGGCAUAUGCUGCGCCCGCGGCACCCGCCCAGGUGUUUGCGCGCGCGGCUCCCGCGAAACUCGUGGCGCCCAACGCGCCCGGAUACUACUAUAUUGUAGUAUUGAUCUGCGUGCUGGGCGUCGCGGCGGCGAGCGUGAUAGUACCCGCACCACUGGCCCGGCUCGACCCUCUGCCGCAGUACUCUUACGGCUACGACGUUCAGGAUGCACUCACGGGCGACUACAAAGGCCACCAGGAGCAGAGGAACGGGGAUGUCGUGACCGGGUCGUACACUGUAGUCGACCCCGACGGCACAAGGAGGAUCGUGGACUACGCGGCGGACCCACUGAACGGUUUCAACGCGGUGGUGCGCCGUGAGCCGCUGGUGGCGCCCGCCCGGGUGGUGGCCCCGGCCCCCGUGUUCGCGCCCGCGCCCGCUCCUAUACUAGCACGAGCGCCGGUGUUCGCCCCCGCGCCUGCGCCACUGCUCGCCCCUAGACUACCCAGCCCAAUGGCAUUCAGGUUUGUGGUGUUCACCUGCUUGGUCGCGGUUGCCUCUGCUGGCGUAGUUCCCGCCGCUUCAGUGGCGUACGCUGCCGCCCCGGCCUACCACGCUGCCCCCGUGGCCUACGCUGCGCCUAUCGCGCACGCCGCCCCGGUAGCCUACCACGCCGCCCCCGUCGCCUACGCCGCCCCCAUCGCUAAGGCCGUUGCCGUCGCCCCCGUCGCCAAGGUUGUGGAGGACUACAACGCGCACCCCCAGUACAGCUUCGCAUAUGACGUGCAGGACGGACUCACUGGUGAUUCUAAGACUCAGCACGAGACUCGCGAUGGCGACGUCGUCCACGGAUCUUACUCCGUUGUGGACCCCGACGGCACCAAGCGCACCGUGGAAUACACCGCUGACGACCACAACGGUUUCAACGCGGUCGUGCACAAGGAGCCCCUCACCGUCAAGGUCGCUGCCCCCGUAGUCGCCAAAGUGGCCGCGCCCAUCGCCUACCACGCCGCCCCUGCGGCUUACCACGCUGCCCCCGUGGUGCACGCCGCUCCCGCGGCCUACCACGCCGCCCCUGCUGCUUACCACGCCGCCCCUGCUGCUUACCACGCCGCCCCGGUCGCAUACCACGCUGCCCCGGUUGUGCACGCCGCUCCUGCCGCCUACUCUGCUCCCAUCUACCACCACUAAUUGAAUAAAGUAUAACUAUAUUUACCUCGUUUAGUUAGGUAACAGUUACACUCACGAAUGCCAUGUAAAUAAAGUAUUUAUUAUAUUUUA